UGAAACCAUAGAAACGAAAAGGAAGUUUACUGCCUCAAGCCUAGCUAGCUAUGCCUCAAAACUAUCUUCUCAAACCAUGUUUGGCUAACCUCAAGUUACGAAGAUUAUUAAGUUUGUAGUUGCGUGAAAGUCAAAACCCAGCAUAACAUUGUUAAGAUAUACACUCAGUUAAAACGCAGGGCUAUUUGUCUUAUUUUGGGGAAGUACCGUACCUUAGUCCUGCCAGAGUUUCUUCAGUCGAAGUUAGCUAGACAGCUAGCAAGCUAACUAGCCAACGUUAGCGUUAGCGUUAAUGUUCGGCGAGUGGAAAUGUUCAAAGCAAAAAUACUCUUUAUUGGACCCAGUGAGAGUGGGAAAACGGUUGUUGCUAAUUUUCUCUCAGAAACAGCAGCAGAAAAUGUUGGCGGUGAAUACAGACCUACUCAAGGAGUAAGGAUACUGGAAUUUGAAUCGCAACCUGAAGGCAGUGGUGACUACGCAAAAUGUGAGGUUGAACUUUGGGACUGUUCAGGAGAUUUUAAAUUUGAAUCAUGCUGGCCUGCACUGAUAAAGGAAUCCAGCGGUGUGGUGAUCAUUUUUAAUCCUGAUGUUCCAAGUCACCUCAAAGAAAUAGAGACGUGGCAUUCGAUGUUCAUCUCCUCUCAAGGUUUGCAGGACAACCAGUGUUUACUCAUGGCUCACCACAAGCCUGGCAGCAGCGUCGAAGGUGGACGGCUGCCUUUAGCCUCACAUUUGGCUAGACUGCCACUUAUUCACUGCGACCUGGAAGAGGAACCAGAGGAGUUGGGGAAAUCUUUCCGCAGAUACUUGGGAAAUGUUAUAAAUGCAAUGUCGGAAAGCCGAGAGCAAGAGGAGAUGUCCAUUAUUACAUAACAGCAAAAUCUAUAAAAUAUGCAGCUUAAUGAAGACAUUUUCUUGGCAUCGGCAAUCUCUGUUCAGGUAACAUCCAUCAACAUUUCCCAUUUUUAAAGUUAUUACCGGUACUAACAUAUCUUUGCGGUCAGCUGUAGGCCUACAUGAAAUCUUCCAAAACCCCUUGCAAUUUAAAAGAAAUAUCCAUAUUACUACA